AUGCCAUGUUUUUGUCAAUUUUUCAACAAAAACAAACAGUACCGUGCUCUCACCGAUAAAACCAUCCAAUCGAUUGCUAACUCCGAAUCCUCAUCCAUCGUCCCAGCAGCGGGUCAGAUUUCUGCCUCGGAAAUGGUACAGUUAAAGGCGGAGGUGUGGUCCCUGCGGAAUUCUUUGUCCGAUUCGCUAGCCAUCAACAGCAACAUGCAGGACGCCGUAACGCAAACGGUUGCCGAAAAAUACGCCCUACUGGAAGAGCUGAACGGAGCCAAGAGUGAAAUCGCGCUGCUGGAAGCGCACUCCCGGAAGGAGCGUGAUUUGUACUGUCAGAAGAAGGAUCAGUUUCUGCAGGAAAUUGCAUCCUAUCGGAUGAAAAUUAACGAGCUGUCAUAUCUCGUGGAGAAACUGUCGGAGCAAAACAUUGAGCUGAAAAAAUCUUUGUUAGAUGCGAAUGAUACAAUUUACAAAGUCAGCAAGAAAUACGUGCAUCUCAAGAGAAUGCAGUUUUGA